CAACAAUGAUUAUGUUUCCAAACUGCAAAUUCAAAAACUUGAGGCCCCAAAAUGCAAAUCCAAGACUUUCAUUUUCUCCCCUUCUUUCUUCUUCUUCUUCUAUCAACUGGCUGUUUUGCUAAGCUUCACCACAACUAUUACCAUAAUUCAUGCCCAAAUGUUGAGUCCAUUGUGAGAGCUGCAGUGAAGCAGAAAUUUGAACAGACGUUUGUUACUGCUCCCGCCACUCUUCGCCUCUUUUUUCACGAUUGCUUUGUUCGGGGUUGUGAUGCUUCUGUGCUGCUUCAUUCAAAUAACCACACUUCUGAGAAAGACAAUGCUGAGAAUCUUUCGCUCGCCGGAGACGGGUUCGAUACUGUUAUCAAAGCUAAGGCUGCCGUCGAUAGCGUGCCGGAAUGUAAGAACAAGGUGUCUUGUGCUGACAUAUUGGCUCUUGCUACUAGAGAUGUAGUAGCUUUGACGGGAGGACCGUCGUAUGCAGUGGAGUUGGGAAGGCGAGACGGGCGGAUCUCGACACGAAAGAGCGUUCGACACCAUCUUCCUUUACCUGAUUUUGGAUUGGAUCAGCUGAAUGCCAUGUUUGCAAGACAUGGUCUAUCUCAAACAGACAUGAUUGCUCUCUCAGGUGCACACACAAUUGGGUUCUCACACUGCAAGCACUUCUCCAAAAGGCUAUAUAGCUUCCACAGCAAAAACCGAAUCGACCCGACGUUCAAUCCGAGCUACGUCGACGAGCUCAAGAGGGAAUGCCCGAGGAACGUGGACCAGAGAAUUGCUGUGGACAUGGACUCGAGGUCGUCGUUCACGUUCGACAACGUGUACUUCAAGAACUUGCAGAUGGGAAGAGGGCUGUUCACCUCAGACCAAGUGUUGUUCACGGAUCCAAGAUCAAGGGAAACAGUGAACUUAUUUGCUUCCAACAAUUCAGCCUUUGAAGAGGCUUUUGUGGCUGCAAUGAAAAAGCUUGGGAGAGUGGGAGUCAAAACAAGAAACCAAGGGGAGAUCAGAAUCGACUGUUCUUCGGUGAACUAAAUUAACAAUCAUGUCUGUUUGUUUUAACAAUUUACUAAUAAAUUUUAAGAAAAAAAAGAGAAUUUGUUUGAAUGA